AUGGUGGUGUUUGUCGACCUCGACGAUGCAUUUGCCGACGGAUCGGCACUCUUGGAGAAGCCAUUCCCUUUGACGGUUGACCCCAUCGCGUCGGGCCUGGCCGAAUUACCCACAUCGCCUACUUCGCCGAAUGAAACGACCGACGAGAUCCUAAACCCCAAUCGGAAUGGAUUCUCAGCGGCUUUGAGUUGUUAUCCCAUCGUCAAAGAAAUCGCUCGCGCCAUCGACCUGAAUACCCUCUACGCCCUAUCGAGCACCUGUCGCCAGUUCCACGUGAACUUGGCGCCGUUCCGCCACCAACUAGUGAGAGAGACUCUCCGGUGUGAGAAUGAAUACAUCGAAACCCUAGCAGAGAUGCUAGACAGCGGCUCUGUCCUCCCAGACAGUGUCAAGUCAGUCAUACGACUACUAAGCCGUCCCAGCGGCGAGCAGACCCGUAUGACCCGCGGGAAGGUGGGCAAAUGCGCGCGCGACAUGGUGGGCGAAUGUCGACGCUGCGCCAAGGUUGUAUGCAGAAACUGCACAAUCAAACCACCUUCCCAACCAGCCCUUAAAAACCGUAUCCGCCGCCUCUGCCGACCCUGUGGCAAAGCGCCACUCUCCUCCCACCUGUCCACAACCUCAGACCCGCACGCCCCCGACCGGUGGGACGAUAACAGCGUCGCGGCGAUUGCAUUUUCGCGCAGCCCCUGCAAUUGCGAGGAAGCUGUCUGGCUGUGCACGCAGUGCGGAAUGACGCUGCGCAGUAAUGACACGACAUACCGUCGUGUCUGGGCAUGGCGCACCCGCUAUAGCACGUACCUCGGCGGCGGGCUGGGCACCGGCAUUGGUGAAGGCUGCCAGGGCGUUCAGUGUGGGCGUGGUGAGAGCUGUCUUGCUGCGCAGGAGAUCGAGCUUGAGGUUGACUGUGAGGCUGAUGAGGGGUCUGGGUCUGGGAGCGAUACCAGUCGUACUGCAAGUCCAGCUCCUCCGCCGUUUGGUCACGAGGGGGCAGCUAUCUCGACAGAUAGCCAUGAUGAUGAGGAGCCUGGAUAUUUCAGGCAGGAAGUUAUUGGUUUAGGUGGUGUUGUUAAGCAUAAGUCUAAAAAGAGGGUUAAUGUUGGUGCUUGCGUUGUUGAGUAUGAGGAUGAGAGGGAGACGAGGAAUUAUCUCGGGAGAGAGGAGAAGGGUUUGUAUCGUGGUUGGUGUGGGUGGUGUUCUAGAGUGAUUCCGGCGAAGAGCGAGCGGACUUGA